GAGGGUUCCGCCCCUCGAAGCCCAUUCGGAGAGAAGGAUUGGGGCAACGCAAGGGGCGGAGUUUGUGGAAAGAUGGCGGCCUCUCGGGGCUUGUCACUAAUGGCCGUGGCGCUGAGAGCGGUCACCCCUUGGCCUAUGGGCAGGCUUCUCGCGGCCUCCCGCGGACCUCAGACGCGUCGGGAAACAUCGUCCUCCAGCCCCGAGGCGGGCGAAGGGCUGGUGCACCUCACCGACAGCUGCGUCCAGAGGCUUCUGGAAAUCACCGAAGGGUCAGAAUUCCUCAGGCUGGAGGUGGAGGGAGGUGGAUGCUCCGGAUUCCAAUACAAAUUUUCACUGGAUACAGUUAUCAACCCUGACGACAGGGUAUUUGAAAAGGGUGGGGCAAGAGUGGUGGUUGACAAUGAUAGCUUGGCUUUCGUGAAAGGGGCCCAGGUGGACUUCAGCCAAGAACUGAUCCGAAGCUCAUUUCAAGUGUUGAACAAUCCUCAGGCACAGCAAGGCUGCUCCUGUGGGUCAUCCUUCUCUAUCAAACUUUGAUGCAAGGACAGGUGACCCAGAGAUUGCUUCAUUUGUACCAAUUUGAGGAACCUGGGAUUAGUUGAAUUCUAGUGGUUUUUUUCCCGUUAUGUCCCUCUCUCAUUAUUUCCAGGAGUGUUGUGUUUUGCUUCCAUUAUUUUCAGAAUACGAAGUUUUUACUCUUGACUGAAUUUCCCUUGCACAGUUCUAAGGCCAAACCCCUAGGUGCUAUGACCUAAGAUUUUUUUUUUAAUUUUUUAUUAAGGUAUUAUUGAUAUACACUCUUAUGAAGGUUUCACAUGAAAAAACAAUGUGGUUACUACAUUAACCCAUAUUAUCAAGUCCCCACCGUACCCCAAUGCAGUCACUGUCCAUCAGUGUAGUAAGAUGCCACAGAUCCACUAUGUGUCUUCUCUAUGCUACACUGUUCUCCCCGUGAUCCCCCACACCAUGUGUACUAAACAUAAUACCCCUCAAUCCCCUUCUCUCUCCCUCCGCACCCACCCUCCCACACCCCUCCCCUUUAGUAACCACUAGUUCCUUCUUGGAGUCUCUGAGUCUGCUGCUAUUUUGUUCUUUCAGUUUUGCUUCAUUGUUAUACUCCACAAAUGAGGGAAAUCAUUUGGCACUUGUAUAACCUAAGAUUUAAUAACUGUUUGAAACCCAGUAUAAUCUAGAGGCUCCAAGUUUCCAAAAUUUGGAAUUACUUCUCAGACCUUCAUAGCUGCUUGUUUAUAUGUGUAUAUCUAUGUAUAAAAGCUUCAUUUUAAAGAAAAGUCCUUAUUUAGGUGUGUUUUGGGUCAGAGUUGUAGAUUGUGUAGUUUGAACACUGUUCCUAGGCCAGAGAGGGUAAGAAAGGCAAAGGAAAUGUUCUCUUUUUCAUCUCACCCUUCCUAAAUGCUCUAGUUGACUUAUCCUUAUUUUCUAUGCAGCCCGUUGACCACUCCCAUUUGUUAGGGCAGAUCCACUUUCCUCUCAUACUCAUGAAUCUGCUAGAUUCAUAAAACCAAUAUAAAUAACCCAUAACCCAGAAAUCUUGGACCUAACCUCCACUGAUAACCUGAAUUAAUUUCAAAUAUGGCCUCCCUUCUCCAUACUCAUAUAGGCAUUUCAAGAUUAUGUGAUCAUUUAGGAUAGAUCCUAUUUUUAGGAUAUGUUGCUUCACUUACCUUAUGAUGUAAAAUGUCUCUGGUGCCAUGCAUAGCAGCAUGUGGGCCCUUUGUUGGUAUAGAUAAUAGAUACUUAGGGAGUUUCAGGUUGGAUUACCAGAUAAAAUGCAGGAUGCCCAGUUAAAUUUGAAUUCCAGAUAAACAAUAAUUUUUUUAGUAUAAGCAAGCCCCAAAUAGUGCAUAAGGCAUACCUAAUACUAAAAAUCAUUUGUUUAUCUGAAAUUCAAAUUUAACAGCAUCCUGUAUUUUUAUUUGUUAGAUCCGGGAACCUUACUUUAGGGUCACUGAAAGGAGCUUUUUAAGCACAAUUCCUAAUGAAUUUUAAAGUACUUGUUUGGGUAUGGCCCUUAAAUAGGCAGUAGAGCUAGAAGUAGUCAUGGUAUGUGUGUGACAGUGCUGGGGAGCCAGAACUGCACGGGCAGACAACUAAAAAAAAGAUAAAACAUCACCACCUUGACAGAUGAUUUAUUAAUGCUAAUGGGAAACCACAACCAACUUGAGUCUGUAAGAAUUAUUGGUUCAACUCAUCUUUUCCUUGAAAGCCUAAAAGUUUAUUACCACAAAAACUUGCAUUUCUGGACUGGAUUAGUAUUAAGGUUGCUCAAUAAAAGAAUUUACCAUUAGAAAAACAAAUACAGAGUUUAGAAAAAUGUAUCUGAGACAGAAACUUAGACGCUUCCAUUUUCAAUAUGGGAAAACCCAGAACUUAGAGAAAACAAAAACAAACCUAUUGUGUGUACAGUGUGUUUAGAAAGGAAGGCAGGGGACACACAGAAGCCUGAGCAGAGAGAAGGGGGCAGAAAGCAGCCUACUGUGAACAAGUCUGUGCAUGACUUUGUUAGGACAUUGAGAGUUGCUGCUGAUUCUUGGACCUAAUGAGAUUCCCAGCUAUGUCCUCUUAUCCUUCUUAAGAGAUUUUGCUACAUUUUAAGUGUUAGAACCCUUCUUCCAGAGUAUUUUUGUGGGUUAUUUAUUGAUUUGGUGAUUUUAAAACUCCUACCGAGCACAAGCAUAAUAGCUUUAGUUGCUAAAUAAACAGUUAAAUUGCAGUGGCCAAUUAGGAAGGAAUAGGGUCUGCUCAAUAUAUGUUAGUACCUACUGCUAAUGGGAGAAUAGAAAUGUUGUGUUUAGAAAGAGUGGAUUUGGGAGAAAUCACCUCACUUCAUCACUCUGAGAAAGCUACACGGGGAAACCUGAAGUGGUAACAAGAAACCUCUGUUGGAGCAGAGUCAUAAAGAAAUUUUAAGAAUACAACAUGGGGAAAUAGUAGAAUAGCAUCAGGGAACUGUGUGUUUGGAAAAAUAGUAAUCAUGGUUAAUUGGGUUUAGGAUCUUAUUAGGCCCUUUGUGACCAGAUGCCCUCUUGGCAGGCCAUGAAAGCCGGCAGAUGUCUGCAGAAAUUUUGCUGACUGUUCAGAUUCAUUUAGGACAACUUUAUACUCUUUCAGUAUCAAUUGGAAGAUUUUUUUCCCCUCCCUGAUACUUUCAAGGGGGAGCUUUUCAAGGCCCUUUUGAGGAAUGGCAGGAACAUGGGACAAGCAUCGUGAUUAAUUUUUCCUGCCUAUGAUGCAAAAUGCUGAGAUAAAAAUAAUAUAGUGAGAAUAAGGAGGGACUCCAUCUUAGAGCUAAAAUUCCAUUUUAAAAAUCAACGAGUUAGGUAAGAUUCCUAACGUACUUUAUUGUAGUUAACCAGCAACUGACCCUAUCUUAAGGCAGGGCAAGCAAUCCUAAAUGAUGUUUCCACUGCUUGCAGGUAGCCAUUACCUUGGAGAAGAACAAGAUCAAAAAAUUCCUUGUGUUAAGUUUUAUCUUACAGAAUGUCUAGAAGACUGUGGAUGAUGACAAUAUCUUUCACUGUAGAUAGACAUCGUGAGACCACAGUUACCUACUCUCCCUUGUCUCUUUACCCCAUUCUUUAAAUCCUUAAAAGAUAUGAAUCCUAAGCAUCCUAAGCCUUAAGCGUGCUUCUGGGGCUGCCCACACUCUUGUUUUGAAGGUGUACUUUGCUUUAAGUAAAGCCACCUUGCUGUUCAAAUUAAUGCAUUUUGUCUCUGCACUGUCCUAAGCCACUUGGGAGAUUAAUAAGAUACAACUUUUCCCAGUGGUAAGCGUCUUUGUUACUUUACUAUUUCAUUCAAUUUUUUAGACUUAAUCACAAGUCUCUCUGUUCUACUCAGACAAGUAGGGAAGGGCUACUGAGAUCUCUGAUUUGGGCUUGCCAGUUCCCAUCAAGUCAGUGACCCUGAUGGGACUAUGGCUGUACAAUCAUGCUCUUUAGUAGUCUUCCCUAAAAUCUCCUUCCUUUGCUUUGGGGAUGUUAUCAGAAUGUAGUCUCACUCCGUCCAGUGCUCCACAGCUCUCGUAAAUCCUGGGGUGAUAGGGGCUUAGUUGCCACACCAUGCAGAUUCAAGCAGACACUGGAUGCUGGGUGACCCUGGCUUUACGAGUUGGCAAGGUGCCAGAGUCCAGCUCCAGCCAAGGUGUGGGUCACGAAAGAAAGGACAGCGUUGGCGAGUGAGGAGACAAACACCUGAUCAAGGUUGUAACAUCUCCCGACAUCAAGCAGCAGGGUCUUUAUUUUUAUAUCUUUUAAAGGUUUACAUAAUGUUAAACAUUUUUCUUUAAUCAUGAAUAGUACAAUUCUUUUCCUGUCAAUUUACAUAAUUCCAGCUUAUUACCCUUAAGUAAAUAGCGUCAUUUCUUUUAACUUUCCCCUAGUCUAUUGUGAUUAGGUAUUCAUAAAAGCUACGUGCUAAGUGCUAAACAGGAAAUGGCAUAAGACAGCGUGUGAGCUAAGCGUGUGGGCUAUGAUUUUUACUUUAAGCGUGUAAGAUUAUAUAGUGUUUAAGAUAUGUGUCUAAAAUAUGUCUAAGGCUAUAUAAAGUUUAAGCAGGUUAUAUAAAAUGCAAGCUAUAUUAAGUGUAACUUUAUUAUUAAUUAAAUCCUAUCCUACACAUGUGGGUUGAGGCUUACAUCUAAAAUCUAGGGAUGGUACUCCUAUCACCCAUUCCUCAACAUUCCUACAAAUACAAUAAAAACACCUUAUCCUUUCAUAAUAUUCAUUCCACAAUUUUAGAUGUUUACACCUCUCCUUCUGCAUUUACAGGCACUAGGGCCUUGCAGUCCUCUUUAAUCUUUCAUAUAAUGACACUAAAUCUGCUCUUACUACCUUACCAUUAAUAUAAUAAUAUUUUAUCAUAAAUUUAUUAUAAACUUCUAUAUAUGGGAUAAUUAUAAAUGUAAAUCUUAUUUUACUCAUAACUUCUUUCUUCAAGGGGAAUACUCUUCUAAUAUUAUAAGCAACAUAAAAGGGGGGCCCUGGGUAGUGGGGACUAUUAAUCUCUUUUUAUUACUUUGCUAUUACAUAUAAAUUUCUUGGGAAAAUGGGCUUUUUCCAUGGGAGUUUUUCCAUGCCCCAGGUUCCCAUAACUUCUUCUCUGCCAAUAUUCUAAAGAAAUUCUGGUUAGUCAUGUUUCAGUUGUUACAAAGGAAGGAACAAACCACAUCUAGUUUUGAGAGGCCUGGGUUGUUCUGCCUCACUUCUUCAUGGCAGUAUGCCUGGAACAGUUGGUCCCAUAAUACUGCUUCCAUUUCCAGAAUUGCUGCUUUGAUCAAUAUUUUGGGUUAUGUUAUUUACUAAAGAUUAAUAAAUCUUAAAUACAUAAGAUUUCCCAUAUAUGAGCCCAGUCACCAACAUCAUAACUGCAAAAAUAAGUGUGGGAAUUAGCAGGGGCCAGCUAUGAGGUUUCCCGUUUUCAGGAUUCCUUCUCGUGCCUGGACCUUGUCAAACAGCAUGAGCAGCAUGGCCCGUGCCAGCAAGGGAUUUGCCCUGGGUCUAGUAGGAGUUCAGUGAACUUCCCUUUCUUCCUGCUUUUGCUACUCCUCGGGUUUUAAUGAAUUCCUUCCUUACCUACACUCAUCUGACCUGUUAGUGAAUUCUUUUGUGAUCAGAGUCAAAAUCCUUCCGAGUCCAGGCUGAAGUUGCACCUAGUGUGCAGGGAGAGGUCUCCCAACAUGCAGCUGCCCCCCAACACUAUUCCAGAAUUGGGUUUUAACUUUGUAUACAUGGCUAGUGAGUGCCUGGGGCAGCAUGCCCCCUUUCUCCUUUGGCAAAACAUAAUAGUGCAAGAACCAAAGGGAAGGGAGCCUUGCCUCUGCUUUAUGUUUUUAGCUCCAAAGAGGGGGCCUCUUGAUCAACAUCCAGAUAUUACCUCGGUCAUGUGAUUGAUAGUGACUCCUGGUAUGCAAAUUAUAGAUGUCCCACCUGCCCUUAGUGUCUUUGUGUGGGAAUGUUGACUGAUUACAAGACGGGAGGGAAAAAUAGGUUCAGAAGAUAAGGAAGGACUGCUAAAGUAGGUGUCCAAGAAGGUAUUCUUUCUCUUUCUUCUGAGAAUUGAGCUCUGCUUUUUGAGUGGAGGGCCAACAUUGGGCAGGGGCAUCUGUAUACAGAAGUUGGCAGCACUGAUCCUCGCAGUAGAGCCUCCCUUGAAAUCUGGGCCUGAGCUGAUGCUGCUGGCAGUGGGCAGGGCGUCAUACUGCAACAUUAAUACGGUUUUUUGUCUUUGUCUCAAAAGCAGGAAACCUCACUGCUUUUCUACUUUUUGAGGCAUCCAGCACUGAUAUUUAUGAUUGCUCUUUUAAAAUUCCUGUUUGCCAUUUCUCCACAGAAAUACCACAGGGCUGCUUAAAGGAAGUUUGCUUUAAGAAGUUUUGAAAAAAUUAUCAUGUGGCUUUAAUUGUAAAAUAUAGUCAGAUAAAUGUAUAAGGAGAGGGAGCAUUUAAGUAGUCUAAGGCCAACAGCUGUAUUUAAAAAUAUUUUAUUUUUUUUGAAUAGGUAAUACAUAUGGUACAAAAGUCAAAGAGACACAAAAGAGGAUACAGUGGAUGCAGUGAACAGUCUCCCAAUCCCAUUCCCAUCCACCCUGUUGACCUCCCACAAACCACCAUUUUUUCUAGGAAUUUGUACCAUAGGUAGAAUCCCAUACAUAAAAUGUGAAAUAACAUGGACAAGAAUAUUCAUUACAGCAUUAUUUAUAAUAGCAAAAGAUAGGGAGCAAUGGAAAUGUUCAUCAAUAGGGGACUGAUUAAAUUAUGAUUUAUCCAGUCAGUGGAAUAGCAUAUAGUUAGAAUGAGCUCAUUAUGUGCAAGUAUAUUAAGUGAAAAAAGUCAAGUGUAGAACAGUAUGCAGAGAGUGCUGUUUGUGUUUUUGAUUCAAGGAAAUAUGUAUAUAUGCAUGAAAUAUCUCUGGAGGGGCAAGCAGGAAAGUGAGGGUUGGGAGGAGGGGCAGUGGGAACAGCAUUUAAGUAGGUACAGUGUCAGCAGGGUAUCCUGAGGAGUGAUCAGAAUUUCUCUGGAAUGUUGGGUAUAAGGUAGAGUGACAAGGGUGAGGUUAACAGAUACCCAAUUCUCUUUCCCCUUUCUUUAGACAAAUAACAGUAUGUGGUAAAUAUUGUUAUACACAACCUUCCUUUUUCCCUUGAUCUAUUCUGGAUUUCUUAUGAGGGCACUUAAAGCCACUUCUUUUUUCCUUUUGAGGGCUGCAUAGAAAUUAAUGAUUUCUAAUCUUUUACUGUUAAAAAUAAAUGCUAUAAUAAAUAACCUCUUACAUUUGUCAUUUCACAUUUGGUGAGAAUAUAUCUGAAAGGUUAAAUUCCUAGAAUUGGAAUUACUGAUUCCAAGAGUAAGUGCUUUUGUAAUGUUGAAAGACAUUGCCAUAUUAUCCUCUUCAGAAGUUGUAUGAGUUUCUUCUUCUGUCAGUUAUGUAUGUGAGUGCUUCAUUCCCCAGAUCCUUGCCAACUAGGAGUCUAAACAAACUUUUUGGUCUUUGCCAAUCUGACAAUUUUUUAAAAAGUGUCUCAGUAUGGUCUUAAAAACUCUCAUUUCUUUUACUAUGAAUGGAGGUCAGAAUUUUCGUGUGUUUUAAGAACUAUGUAGUUGGUCUGCUGAAAACAUCUCAACUAGUAUAGUGACCUAGAGCAAAUUAUUUAGGCUUUGUAUAUCUCAAUUUCUUCAUCUGUAAAUUGAGAAUAAAAAUAGUAAGUAGGAUUGUUGGAUGAUUAAAUAUAUUUGGUGUACAGCACUCAACAUAGUGCCUGGCACACAGCAAGCAUUCAAUAAGUUAUGUGAUAGCUGACAAUCAGAGCAGCAGGUAGGACAGGACAGAUUAAAUUAAGAAAAUAGCAUUCAUCUCCCUAUCUCCAGGCACACAGCCUUGUUCAUUUACAUUGCCAUUCAACAGAGACGUCCAAAAUCAGAGUUUCCUUGUCUUAGAAGGUAAAGAACCUUUUUCCCAUUGGAGCCCAGUCAGAGGCUAUUGGCAGAGCUGGUGAGGGGGGUAGCACAGCUUCAUAUGUAAUAUUUAGACAGCCAAUAUGGUAAAGAAAUUUGGUUUACUAUGAAAUAAAACAAAAACGGAAGA